AUGUCAAAGACAACACAACAUAAUCAAAACAAUGGUAAAUGUAACACUAAAAAGAAUAUACAAAUAGAUGAGCUGAUUACUUGGGAUAUUAAAGGAAAAGAUCAACCAGUGAUUACAGGAUAUGAAAAGAAAGAAGAAAUGAAUAAAAAAAUAAUAAUAGUAACAGGAGAUAUUACCAAAAUCCAAGUGGAUGUUGUUGUGAAUGCAGCAAAUUCAUACCUAAGAGGAGGUGGUGGUGUUGAUGGAGCUAUUCAUUGUGCAGCAGGUUAUGACUUAUAUGAUUAUUUGUGUUCUCAUUAUACAUACUGUAAAACAGGAGAUUUUAAACCAAGUCCAGGAUUUAAAAUGCCAUGUAAAGAAAUACUACAUGGAGUAGGACCAAUAGGUGAGAAUGCUAUUCAAUUACAAAGUGUAUAUGUUAGAUGUUUGGAAUAUGUCAGAUUAAAAGGAUAUAAAAGUAUUGCAUUUCCAUGUAUUUCAACAGGAAUCUUUGGUUAUAACAACAAUAGUGCAUGCCCAGUAGUAUUAGAAGUAGUAAGAAAUUGGUUAGAGGUUAAUCCAUUAUGGGAAGGUAAAAUUAUUUUUUGUUGUUAUAGCUUAACAGACUACAAUAUUUACUUGAAGUUCUUACCUUAUUACUUCCCUACCACAGAGUUGGAUGAUAAUGAACCAAAGAAUAUUUCAGAUGAACUUGAUAAAGAACAAGUUAAAUCAAUUAACACAGACUCUGAACAAGUAACAAUUAGUAAUAGUCAAGAUACAGACAAUGAUUUAAAACAAAGGAUCAACAUUAAUAAAAGGAUGUUCUAUUAUUUAGAUAUAGAAGAUUAUGACUUAUCUAUAGAACAACAAAAAGAACAGAUUAAUGAAUGUUUUGAACGAUUCAGAGAAAAGUAUAUUGAAGAAAAAAAAGAAAUUGAAGAAUUAUAUCAAAUAAAAAAGCCAUAUUAA